AUGUCGUCUGAGGAAAACCAACCGCUGCUUUCUAGUCCGCUCCCUUCCGAUUCUUCUUAUCUUCCGACAUCUAGGUCUGAUAUCCGAGAAGACAAGUUUACUCUACCAACUCCCGUAGGACCAACAUAUUUUGAUUUAGGCUUCAUGUGGUUCACAGUAGCAACGUCGGGUGUCAUACUGUUUACAGGGACGCUGUGGUGGAUUCUUUUCCAGGCAAACUCGUCAUUGUUUUUACUACAUCCAACAUGCAUGAGCUUUGCUCUCGUUUUUGUAACCGAAGGUGUACUUCUACUCCAAAGAACAGAAACAGUAGAGCAGAAGGAAGAAGGGGCUCAUACACAUAAAUGGUUCCAGAUUAUUGGUCUCAUAUCUGCAAUUUGUGGUUUCGCCGUAAUAGUCUCUAACAAGGCUAUUCACGCCAAAGAGCAUUUUUAUUCCGCUCACGGAAAAGCUGGCUUGACAACCAUCAUCCUCCUCAGCAUACAAGCUUCCUUUGGUCUCGUCAUGCUCGUAUUUCCAUCCGCCCUCGGUGGUGUCCGUCAAGCAAAGGCAAUGUACAAAUACCAUCGCUUGUCUGGAUAUUUGGGGCUAUUCUUGAUCUGGCUCACAGCGCUCGGAGGUACGCAGGCCAAUUGGACACUCUCGCAAUUUGAUCAUGUGUGGGUAUGGCUACUCGCAAUUUCGUUAGUGGCCAUCGGAGUUGGGUUCAGAGUCAGAAUUAACAAGAUGAAAAUAAAGUAA